AUGGUAAGUGUUACGUUAAUAAGACGGAUCAGUACGACAAUAAAGCAAUCAAGUGGUAAAAGUGGCUGGGGACCGUAUCGGCAAGUACGAAAAGGUGACCAUUUUGUGGGUACUGAGCCACAUCCGCUAAAAUACCACAUGUUGCAUGAUAAAAAACCUCUACAGAAAUACGGGUUACAAGGCACGCAUCAUUUAUUACCAGGCACUGGCAAAGUUAACUCAACAUUACCAAUCAGAACAAUUCUUAAGAAAGAUAAAAUUUAUGCUUGGUGUUCUUGUGGGUAUAGUGGAACUCAGCCACUUUGUGAUGGUAGCCAUCUGCAUUAUUAUAUACCAACAAAAUUGCGACCUGUUCGCUUCAUUCCUGACAAAGAUAUGGAAGUAUGGUUUUGUAAUUGUAAGCAAACUAAAACACGGCCAUUUUGUGAUGGUUCUCAUCGUGAAGUACGUGAAAAUCUUAAAAAAACCGCUGAUGAUAGCAAGAAUAGUUAG